AAAAUAUAAAAAUAUUAUUUAUUAAUUGACAUCAACACUAUAUUUAAUUACCUUAUUUAGGUUAACUUUAUUACUUUGAAAUGUUAUAUUAUAAUUUAAACGAUAAAACAUAUAAUAACAUUUAAUGGUAGACGUAUAAAACUUUGCUUGUAUUAGAGGGCAUACGGAACCAUGUUUCUUUCUGUGAUAGAAGUCAACACGACAGCAUUCCUACGAGAAGAAACAUCUUGGAGGAAUUUAGUUAUACGCAGAUGAUGGUUAAGCGUGAAGUAUUUUACAGCCCAGUGUCAAAUUGAAAUGCUCUUUCAAAUUCACUCACUUCUAUCAGAGCUCUCAAAGCCUCAUCAGACAAUUCUUAAAACCAAACAAAUCCACGCUUUAAUCGCCAAAACACGCCUCUCCCUUGACCCAUUUUUCGCCACCAAGCUCGUCAGAUUCUACGCGCUCAACGAUGAUCUUUGCUCCGCCCACAGCCUGUUCGAUGAAACACCUGAAAGAAGCGUUUUCCUUUGGAAUUCCAUCAUUCGAGCUUAUGCACGAGCCCUCAAGUUCAACGAUGCCUUGUCAUUGUUCGAAAGGAUGCUGGGAACGGAAACGAAACCCGAUAACUUCACGUACGCGUGUGUCGUACGAGCUUGCUGUGAGAACUUUGAUUUGGAUGUGAUGAGACUUGUUCAUACAAGAGUGAUUGUUUCCGGGUUAGGAUUGGAUUUCAUCUGUGGCAGUGCUCUUGUGACUGGGUAUUCAAAACUGUACCUGGUUGAUGAAGCAGGCAAGGUUUUUUAUAGGAUGCCUGAGAAGGAUUUGGCUUUGUGGAAUUCUAUGGUUUCGGGAUAUGGGCAUUGUGGCCUUUGUAAUAAAGGGUUAGAAUUGUUUAGUUGGAUGAGAAAUAUGGGGCAACAGCCAGAUGGGUAUACUUUGGUAGGGCUGAUAUCAGGGUUAGUAGAUUCCCCCGACUUGUUGAGUGUUGGUCAAGGACUUCAUGGUUUUUGUUUGAAAAGCGGGUUUGAUCGUACUGUUCAUGUGGGAAGUUCACUUGUAAGCAUGUAUUCAAGGUUUAAGUGCAUGGAUUCGGCAAACAUUGUGUUUAGUAGUUUGCUUCAGCCUGAUUUAGUUGCAUGGUCUUCUCUGAUAACUGGAUAUUCUCAGUGCGGGGAAUAUGGUAAGGCAUUGCUCUACUUUUGGAAACUGAACAUGGAGAUGGGUAAGAAAGCAGAUCCCAUUCUAAUCUCUGCUGUGUUGGAGGCCGCUGCUCGAUCAACAAAUGCACGGUUUGGAAGUGAGAUACAUGGUUAUAUUGUUCGACAUGGAUUUGAAUCAAAUGUCAUGGUUUCUUCUGCUCUGAUAGACAUGUAUUUUAAGUGUGGAUUUAUGUGCUUGGGGAUCAGUGUGUUUGAGAUUAUGCCGGAAAGAAGUACAAUAUCUUACAAUUGUCUUAUUUCAGGUCUUGGAUUGAAUGGAAUGGCUUACCAAGCAUUCAAGAUGUUUGAUGAGAUGCUACUGGUUGGACUAAAACCUGAUGAUUCAACCUUCUCUGCCCUUCUUACUGCUUGUUGCCAUGUUGGCCUUCUCAACGAUGGUUGGGAAAUUUUCAGGAGGAUGAAAUAUGAGUUUUUCAUCCAACCUAGAACAGAGCAUUAUGUUCACAUGGUGAAGCUUCUUGGAAUGGCUGGAGAGUUGGAAAAGGCAUACAAUUUUAUCAUGUGCUUGCCAAAGCCGGUGGACUCUAGCAUAUGGGGAGCGAUGCUAUCAUGCUGCAAUGGUCAUGGAAAUUCUGAGUUGGCAGAAGUUGUAUCCCAGCAACUAUUGGCAAAUGAACCAAAAAAAGCUGCUUAUAGAGUUAUGCUUUCUAACAUCUAUGCUGGUGAUGGGAGGUGGGAUGAUGUGCAGAAGUUAAGAGAUGACAUAGCAGAGCGGGGAGUAAGAAAAGUACCAGGGCUUAGUUGGAUUGGAAGUGGAAGCGGUUACCUUCCUAAGCACCCUUCCCUUCCAAUGCUUCGCGGCGGACUCUCUUCAUCAACGACAGUACUUCCCAAACCACCACAACCUGAAACUCUUUUACCUCUAAUUCAAUCCCACAUUGAUUUUUCACAACCAAAAUGCACAAUUCCAAAGCCCUUUCCGUACACAUCAACCUUGCAAACUCUCUUACAACCCAUAUCAAACCAAAACGCACCUCACCAUUCAUCCUAUGCACCCCUUUUCCAAUUCUUAACUGCUCGAAACUACUUAAAAUUAGGCCAACAAAUCCAUUCCCACAUGACCCUUCAUGGGCUCCAACCCAAUGCUUUUCUUGGUGCCAAAAUGGUUGCUAUGUAUGCAAGUUCGGGUGAUCUUGAAUCAGCUGUAACAAUAUUCAAUAAAAUCAAAAGCCCAACUUCUUUGUUAUAUAAUUCAAUUAUUAGAGCUUAUACAAAUUGUGGGUAUCCUUUAAAAACUGUAGAUAUUUAUUGUAAAAUGCAUUAUUUAGGGCUUAAGGGUGAUAAUUUUACGUUUCCCUUUGUGCUUAAAUCAUGCGCCAAUGUAUUGAAUGGCUGGAUGGGUAAAUGUGUUCAUGGACAAAGUUUGAGAUUUGGGAUGGAGCUUGAUAUAUAUGUUGGCACUUCUUUGAUUGAUUUUUAUGUAAAAAUAGGUGAAAUACGGGAUGCCAAAAAGGUGUUUGAUCUUAUGACUGUGAGAGCGGUGUCCUCUUGGAACGCUUUGAUUGCGGGUUAUAUGAAAGAAGGGGAGAUUGGAGUAGCUGAGGGCUUGUUUGGGAGAAUGCCGCGUAGGAAUGUAGUUUCUUGGACAGUUAUGAUUUCGGGUUACACGCAAAACGGGUUGGCUAAGGAGGCAUUGAGUUUGUUUGAUGAGAUGAUGAAAGAAGAAUCUGAGGUUAAGCCCAAUUGGGUAACAAUAAUGAGUGUUUUGCCUGCUUGUGCACAUUCAGCUGCUCUUGAACGCGGGAGACGGAUUAAUGAAUAUGUUAAUAGGAUUGGUUUGGAGUCAAAUCCUUCAGUGCAGAAUGCACUUAUUGCAAUGUAUGCGGCAUGUGGUAGCCUUGUUGAUGCUCGUUGUUGUUUUGAUAGAAUUCGGGAAAAUGAAAAGAAUUUGUGUGCUUGGAAUGCCAUGAUUUCUGCUUAUGCAUCUCAUGGUCGCGGCAUGGAAUGUGUGUCAACUUUUGAUAACAUGAUUAGAGCUGGGGUACACCCUGAUGCGAUCACAUUCACAGGGUUGUUGUCUGGGUGUAGUCAUUCUGGUCUUGUUGAGUUUGGGUUGAAGUACUUUAAUUCUAUGCAAACAGUGUACUCUGUGGAACCGAGACUUGAGCAUUAUGCUUGUGUUGUAGAUCUUUUUGGUCGUGCUGGGCGAUUGGUAGAAGCUAUGGAGUUUAUUAAUAAAAUUCCAACGCAGCUGGGACCAAGCAUUUGGGGUGCAUUGUUAGCUGCUUGUCAGAAGAGUAAAAAUUUAGAGAUUGCUGAGAUGGCAGCAAAGGAGCUGUUUGUUUUAGAACCAGAAAACAGUGGUAACUAUGUUAUGCUUUCAAAUUUGUAUGCUGAAGCUGGCAUGUGGAAGGAGGCGGAUAAAUUGAGGGCUCAUUUAAAAUGUCAAGGCGUUAAGAAGAACCCUGGAUGCAGUUGGACUGAGAUUAAUGGAAAAGCACACUUGUUCCUUGGUGGAGAUGCAUCUCACCCUCAGGCGAAGGAAAUAUAUAGCCUGUUGGAAGCAUUGCUGGAAAAAAUCAAAGCAGCUGGUUAUGUAUCUAAUGCCAGUUUUGUGUUGCAUGACAUUAGUAAAGAAGAGAAACAGCAUAACCUCACAGUGAAAAGCUGGCAAUUGGUUUUGGACUACUGAACACAUUCCUCAAAUAGCUCUUCAUGUAACUAAAAACCUGCAAAUCUGUGGGGACUAUCACACGGUUAUCAAGUUCAUAUCUAAAAUCUAUGGAUGAGAAAUAGUUGUGAGAGAUGUGAAUCGUUUAUAUCACUUCAGAGAUGGUGCUUUGUUUUUGUGGGGACUAUUGGUAAUAGGAACAGCUUCAAGAUUGCGAGACUUAAAGAGGGUUUUGAACUCUUUCUGUGGCCUGCACCUGUAGAACUCUUGGGAAAGCAAGUUUGAAAUAAAAGCUUAAAAGUUUGACUGCUCGAAGCUGCUGCAAAUCUGGAGUUGGAAUGUGAUCGUUUUGUGGACGAUUGCAGAUAGUAGAGUUUCAAAAGCUUGACUGCAUCGACCGGAUGGU